AUGCGUUACCCCAUUAAACAAGAAGGAACCAAACAGACGAAAAGCAGACAAGGAGAGGAAGACGAGGAUGGGAGCGAAGAUGAGGAUGUUGUUGAGGAAGAUGUAAACGAAGAGAGCGAAGAAGUCGAAGACCUGAUUGAAAGCAACUGGAACAUCAUGCACUAUCUUCCACAAACAGCUUCCUGCCAGAAAUACUUCCUCAUGAUCGUCUCAGCUUACAUUGCUGCAGUUUACCACAGCAUGAAAGAGGAGCUGAGGCGUAAUGCUCCUGGAGCCACGCCAGUCAAGAGGCGUGGAGGCAGCCAGACUUCCCAGCUGGCAGUGGUGGACUUGAGUGCACUUCCUGGAAUGAUCUCCUUCUCCCAGGAAUAUGUGGCCACUGAGCUGACACAGAACAUUUUCACCAUCACUCAAAAAAUCCAGAAAAAGGUGACGGGGUCCAGAAAUGUAACUCAGACGUCUGAGCUGUUUCCCGUCCUGCCCGGCUCACACCUGCCGCUCAACAAACCCGCACUGGAGUUCAUCAAAUACGUGUGCCAGGUCCUUUCUCUUGAUGCCAACAUCAUGAAUCAAGUGAACAAAUUAAAGCGCGACCUUCUGCGUCUCGUGGACGUCGGCGAGUUUUCAGAGGAGGCCCAGUUCCGUGACCCCUGUAACUCCUACAUCCUACCUGAAGUCAUCUGCCACCACUGUAACUUCUGCCGGGACCUGGACCUCUGCAAGGACCCGUCAGUGGCACAGGACGGGUCUGUCUUGCCUCAGUGGUUCUGCUCAAACUGUCAGGUUCAGUAUGAGAAGGACUCGGUUGAGAUGGCGCUGGUUGAAGCUCUGCAGAAGAAGCUCAUGAGUUACACCCUGCAGGACCUGGUGUGCACCAAAUGCAAAGGAGUGAAGGAAGCAAACAUGCCCCUUUACUGCAGAUGUGCCGGAGACUUCGACCUCACUUACUCAGCCAAGAGCUUCUCAGAGCAGAUCACGGUGUUUCAGAACAUCGCGUCCCACUACAACAUGAGGUUCCUGGAGGAGACCAUUGACUGGCUGCUUGUGAUGAGUCCUCAGAUCAGCCGCUCAAAGUGA